AGUUGUAGAUUUUACACAAUGUUUAAUUGCGUUGUAAUCGCCGAUUGGAUAUCCUUGAUUUUCGUUGUCCUAACAAUUGCAGUGUAUCUUUACGUGGAAAAACUUCGAAAUGUGCUCGGAAAGUGCAUUGUCAGCAACCUUUGCUGUCUGCUCAUCCAUACUCUGAAAACGACACUUUUCAUAGCAUUGUUGCCUACACAUUUCACAUGUUGCUUCAAUAUUAUAAUGUUUGUCCUAACGGCUUAUUACAUUAUCAAAGUAAAAAGGGAAAUAAACCGGUUUAAAGUACAGGAGGAGACGACGGUGACCUGCCUUAAUAUCGACAGUCAGACUUAUCUACAGUUUGUGCGAAUCUCUGUUUUGAUGGGCGGCGCUUAUAUCUUUUCUGCAAUUUUUAAUUUUAUUAGUCAAAGCUAUUUUUAUGAACCGCUAUAUUUGGUUGCCAUCUUUAUCAAUCGCUGUUAUGGUGUUUUCGUUUUUUUUAUGCUCAUUCCAAGGCGCAGCACACUUAGCAUGCUAGUGGACAGGUAA